CCGCCGCGCGCGCGAGUUCAGUAAUUCAGUUUGGUAACGUGGCAUCCCCGAACAGGUAUACCUGUGCGGUCCGUCUCGUUAUUUAUAAUUUUAUCAUUCUGUCCGACGGAGGAAGGGAAUAAAAAAAAAAAAAUCGAAAAAUAAAAGAGAAAAAAUUAAGUCGUGCGCGCCCCUACCCCGCCAGGUUUUGUUUUCGCGAGUGCGUGUGCGCGUGUGUUUGUGUAUGCUCGAUCGUGCGCGCCUGCGUGAGUGUAUGUGAUAUAUAUAUAUAUAUUAUAUUUUUUGUUAUUGUACGCGUGUGUGCGAGGUUCGCCGUAUCGUCGUGCCAGUGCGAAAUUUUUGAAAAAUACCCGUCGUUUUGGUGCCUCUAUCCGUCGCCGCGUUCGAGAUUUCGAGAAUCUCGCGCGUUCGGUUUCGGUUUUAUAUUUUUUAUACCGUUUGGCAGGCCGCGAGCUUGCACUCCGGUGCAGUGAAAUUUUCGACUGUUCGGUUUUUUCAGUGUUUGAUUUGUUUAUCACUAAAAUUUUUUCGUUUGUUUAUCAAUCGAACGCCAGGCGGCCCGAGUGAUCCGAGCACAUUAAAUAUUAAUAAUAAUAAUAAUAAUAAUAAUAAUAAUAAUAAUAAGUAUCACGCGCGCCGCGCUGGUGUCAAUAACCGACAAGUGGGACAUCGCGCGUCAACAAAGAAGUUUCUCCUUUUUACGGAGAGAGACAUUCUACGCUGCGUGUACCGGUCUGCAAAACGGUCAGUGUAUACGAAUUUUAUGUUUGCAUUCUUCUGAACUGGCAAAAUGGUACCGGGGUGGUUAGGCCUUAUCGACAACCAACCCAUCUCGGGAGUCAGCUGCGAUGUCUCUAUCACGUGGAGGACGGUCCUGGUCGACUAUUUCAUAUAAAUCAUGAAGAGACGACACUCAGAGGCCUAAUGGAAUGAAGGAAUCUACAGGCUUUUUCGGCGACCCGUUACCGACGUCGGGAGAAACAGGCACAGAACUGACGGUCCGGGAGCUGGAAGAGAUGGCGUGCCGGCAACAGCAUCAGAUCGAGUCGCAGCGGCAGUUGUUGGCUGCCAAAGAGCAGCGACUCCGCUACCUGAAACAGCACGACGCCAAGCACCAUCAGGUGGCGGCGGAGCACGAGCGGCUCCGCCGCCUCCGGGAUCGGGUCGAGGCUCAGGAACAAAAGCUCCGUAAGCUCCGGGCGCUCAGAGGUCAAGUGGACCAGACUAAACUCAACAACGCCACACUCACGUCUGACUUGGAAUCGAUCCGUGCCUUGUUUAAUGAAAAAGAAAAAGAACUAACAAUGGCUGUGGCUAAAGUGGAUGAACUAACUAGGCAACUGGAAGACGUCCAUAAAGGACGAGGUCAUGCACAGCCUACAUCUCCGGCCUCCAUAGAACUCGACAAACUACGAGCCGAGUUAUUAUAUCGGAAUAAAUUGGGUGAACAGCAAACUGCCAGGUUGGUACAACAACGUGAGGUUCUGUCCAAAAGACAAGAGGAAAUGGCAUCCAUUGACCGGCGAAUAUCGGAACUACAAGCUAGGUUACACAGGAAGAGACUGCUCAACCAACAGCUGGCCAAUCAAAUCCAGGCUAACAAACCAGGCCCAAAUAACAGAUCUCUGGGUGGACCAGGUAAACAAAUGAUGCCGUUGUGCGAUGGAAAAAUGAACGGUGGUGGUGGAAAUGUUGCGGCCAUCGAACCGUUUAAUCACAUACCAGACGCGAUGAGCAAGAAUUCAAUGUUACGAAAGUCCGAGGAUAACAUACUUAGCCACGCGACGGUCGACGGUGACCCACAGUCAUAUGGUGGACGGUCCGGCAGGCCUGAGCUUAAGUCUCUAUCCCAGCAGCCUCUGCUCCAGAAACCAAUGGUGGACCCAUACCAACAACAGUACCAGUCAUCAAAUAAUAACUACAAAAUUGAACAGCAGAGUAACGGUAACCCAGGUGACCUACCGUAUUUUGGCGGUAGCAAGUUUGACCCUAAGUACCAGACACUACCCUACAAUACCAAAUUCUCACCAUUGGCCAACUACAGUGGAAACCAACCAGCGCUGCAGCACCAUCAACAUCAGCAACAACAACAUCAACAACACCAUCAUCAUCAUCAUCAUCAGCAGCAGCAGCAGCAACAGCAGCAACAGCAACAGCAGCAACAGCAACAGCAGCAUCAGCAUCAGCAGCAGCAGCAGCAGCAGCAGCAGCAGCAACAACAGCAACAACAGAACCAGCAUCAACAGUGGUUCGGUCAACACGAAGACAUGUCCGAGGACAUUAAUAGAGACCUAGUCAAUAACAAUACCAGCUGUUACGGAGUCGAUCAAAAACUUAACGGGACGGCUCAAAGUAAAAAGUCAGUUUUGGCCGGCCAAGUUCUGACAAACCUAGGACAAAAUGUACAAAUGCAGAGUUCUAGCAGACCUAUAAACGCUCAAGUGUAUCACACGAAACCACUUUCAUCUUCAAAUCAUGUUUCUCAAAGGCCUUUAAACUAUUCGAUACACCACCCUCCGGUUCUGGUGACUAGAAGCCAACCAGUCGGUGGAACCGGAAUAAUAAAUCAUCAGAAACCGACGAGCAGCGUGUCGCCAAUUUAUCAGACGUCUUCGACCAAAGUACAGCCGGUGCAGCCCCAAGUGUUAAAUUCCGUUGCGGCGAACCAAGUAGUAUCUAAAGAAUCAAAACAACCAAAUAGGUUAGCGGCGGUGGUUGCUUCGGAGUCUGAACAACCGGUCGGCAUGGACCGGGCCGGCAGCCCUCCGACCGUUGGAAAACCAGCGUUACCCCCUAAACCUCCUCCGCCACUGGUCAAGAAUUGUACGCCACCACCGCCGCCAAGGCAAAACGCUUACCACCACCACAUACCUCAGUAUCACCAACCAGACCCAUCUUUGGAAGACGGGGGCCUAGGAGGAGCUGGUGGUGGUCGUGCAUACUACACCGACAGCAGACCAGCUCCGCUUCAAAAAGACCUAACGCCUCCACCGCCGCGAAUACCCAACGGUGGCAUUGCUGGAGCGCCGGUCAAGUCUGGGUUUGGCAACUUGGUGGACUCGUCUGAGUCCGACAACUCAUCGAGUUCGACAUCCAUGCGAUCCACUUUCGGUAGCAACGCCAAAAGUGGCGAACAUUUGUUGGACAGCGUGAGAUCUGUGAGCAUAUCAACGACCAAAGGGACGCCUCCCCCUCCACCACCACCCCCACCACCACCACCCCAGCCACAACAGUCGUCUGCUCCUACAGCCGGCUCUCCAACAGAACCCGUGGGGGUCAAAGAUCAGCAACAACAGCAGCCACCACCCCACGAAGCAAAACUCCCCUCUAGACUGCCAUCACUCUUACUCAGCAGAACAACUUCUUAUCCGGUGACGGAUAUUGUUGGGAACGAGAGUAAAGUCAACAACAACCAACACCACCAUCUCCUACAUCAUCAUCAUAAUAAUAUCAACAAUAACCUCCAGCAAGUACAACACCGGAUGUCCGUCGCACCACCCCAACAGCAACAGCAACCGGUACAGGCUCCAUCUGUCAUCCCCACUUCCACCGUUUCCACCACAUCAACCAUCAGACAACUAGAUCCUCAAGCUGCUGCGGUCGAUGAAACGGACAGAGCUCGGGCAGUUAGUGUUGCCCAGCGCAUUGACGAACUGGAGACCCGUUUUGGGGGAGGAGGCAGCGGCAUAGGGGUCGUUGGGUGUGGUGGAUCUUCGUCCACUGAUGAUAACAGCACCAGCAACCACAGCUCUUCAUCUCCGGACUCUGGCCAAGACUCGGGCAGAGACGACAUAUCCGUGGAAUGCAGAAACAGGUUGGUGGUGCGGAAAAAAGGCAACCUCAAGGAGUCGGGCGGUAGCAUCGGUCACAAGCGACGUGUAUCGUUCGAUCCGCUCGCGUUGCUGUUGGACGCCUCGUUGGAGGGUGAACUAGAGCUGGUUAUGCGAACCGCUGAACAAGUGGGAGAUCCGAGCGCGGCUAAUGACGAAGGAAUAACUGCGCUACACAAUGCCAUAUGUGCCGGCCAUAUAGACAUUGUUAAGUUCUUAGUUAAGUUUGGCUGUGAUGUAAAUGCUCAAGACUCCGAUGGAUGGACGCCGUUACACUGUGCCGCCAGCUGUAACAACCUCGCCAUGGUCCGAUUCCUGGUAGAGCACGGGGCGUGCAUAUUCGCCACCACGUUGUCAGACCAGGAGACGGCCGCCGAAAAGUGCGAGGAGGACGAAGAGGGUUUUGACGGAUGUUCAGAGUUUCUUUACAGCGUUCAAGAGAAGUUAGGCAUAAUGAACAAUGGUGCGGUGUACGCGGUUUUCGGUUACGAGGCGCACAACCAGGACGAGUUGACUUUCGACGACGGCGACAGGAUCGUCGUACUACGGAAGGGCGACGACACCGAACGAGAAUGGUGGUGGUCGAGGAUUGACGACCGCGAAGGAUACGUGCCGCGAAAUUUGCUAGGGCUUUACCCGAGAGUGAUCGGUGGCAAAAAAUCGGUGACCGAAUGACAAUCCGCUUCGGUGGCAACAGC